CAGAGCCAGGAGCAGAGCGCCGCUGACUUCUCACCAGUAGCCUACAUCAACUCGGAGGAGCGGGGCGUGGACUCAGAGCGACCAUUCCCUGCGCUUAAAUUUGAGGAGACGGCCGACUUUCGAAGGGUGGAGAAAAAAAGACAAACUGACAAGAAAUCGAUCGUUUUGCAGCUGGCUAGAUGCCCCUGAUCUCAAACGAGAUUGAAAGAGCAAAGAGUCAAGAGAGGAAACCUACAGUAUAACCAUGGAUGACAUCUUCACACAGUGUCGGGAAGGGAACUCUGUGGCAGUUCGGCUGUGGUUGGACAACACAGAGAAUGACCUCAACUUGGGUGACGACCAUGGCUUCAGCCCCCUCCACUGGGCAUGCCGGGAAGGGAGGAGUGGUGUUGUUGACAUGCUCAUCAUGAGAGGUGCUCGCAUUAACGUGAUGAACCGUGGAGAUGAUACCCCAUUACAUCUUGCCGCCAGUCAUGGACACAGAGACAUAGUGGCUAAGCUGAUUCAGUGCAAAGCAGACCCCAAUACAGUCAACGAACAUGGAAACACACCACUCCACUACGCCUGUUUCUGGGGUCAAGACGAAGUGGCAGAGGACCUGGUGGCCAGCGGUGCCCAGGUGUGUGUAUGUAAUAGGUAUGGACAGACACCACUGGAUAAGGCCAAGCCUCACCUAAGACAGCUGCUUCAAGAAAAGGCAGAGAAAAUGGGCCAGAGUAUGACCAAAGUCCCCUAUAAGGAAACUUUCUGGAAGGGCACCAUGCGAACACGACCUCGUAAUGGUACACUCAACAAGCAGGCUGGUAUUGAUUAUAAGCAGCUUUCACUCCUGGCAAAGAUCAAUGAAAACCAGUCUGGAGAGUUAUGGCAGGGUCGGUGGCAAGGGGAUGAGAUUGUUGUGAAGGUGCUACAGGUGAGAGACUGGACCACCAGGAAGAGCAGAGACUUCAACGAGGAGCACCCAAAACUCAGGAUCUUUUCUCAUCCAAACAUUCUGCCUGUUCUUGGGGCCUGUCAGUCGCCUCCAUCCCCUCAACCCAUCAUUAUUACCCACUACAUGCCAUACGGAUCCCUCUACAACAUACUCCACCAGGGCACUACUCUGGUGGUCGACCAAAACCAAGCAGUGAAGUUUGCAUUGGACAUUGCCAGUGGCAUGGCUUUCCUCCACACCUUAGAACCAAUGGUCUCUCGGCUUUACCUCAACAGUAAGCAUGUCAUGAUUGAUGAGGACAUGACGGCCAGAAUAAGCAUGGCAGAUGCAAAGUUCUCCUUCCAGUGUCCCGGUCGGAUGUACUCUCCAGCAUGGAUGGCCCCUGAAGCCCUGCAGAAGAGGCCUGAAGACAUCAACAGGAGAUCUACCGACAUGUGGAGCUUUGCGGUAUUACUAUGGGAGCUAGUUACCAGGGAGGUCCCCUUUGCUGACCUCUCACACAUGGAGAUAGGCAUGAAGGUGGCUCUCGAGGGUCUUCGGCCCACCAUUCCUCCGGGGAUUUCACCUCAUAUCUGUAAGCUAAUGAGGCUCUGCAUGAACGAAGACCCAGCCAAGAGACCAAAGUUUGACAUGAUCGUCCCCAUCCUGGAGAAGAUGCAAGACAAGUGAAUGCGUCCGCAGCAACUUGUACACUACCGUUAUUAUGUUUUUAUCAUCGAACCACUCCUUAUCUUCACUUCAAUCAUGUAUCUGCUAAGCUGCUGUAAAUAAUGUCAGAGACCACUUUAGCUACACAAUUCAAAAAAAAAAUAUUAUGUUGCUUUUCUUGUAUAAUUUAAAUUUGAGGUAUAAAUGUUCUUUAGCCUGUCUAUGUUGCUCUUCUGUUAUAGCUUAACUUGAAAUACUGACCAACUUUUUGGUCCAGUGUGAAUUAUAUUCAGCCAUGUGUCAGACACAAUUGCUCAGAAACUGAUACAAAGAAAUGUGUAUAGAAACACUGCUUUUAUACACAUAAACAAAUGCCAAUGCAAUAAAUGUUUUA